GAUUUUAUUAAUGUUUUAUUGUGUUGCCGCUUUCUCAGCCUCACAGAUAAAGCAUUAUUUCAUAGCGUUUACUCAACGAGCUUAAAAAGUGCUUGAAAAGUCAACAUGUCUUUCAAAGUAUUGAUUCCCGUUGAUGGCAGCGAAAAUAGCGAGAAAGCCUACGAUUGUAAGGUAUGUAAAAAUAUGUAUCAGCCAAGUCAUGAAGUGAUAAUUUUCCAUGCUCAUGUGCCCCCACAUCUGUCUACAUUUUCUUUUAAAGAUUUCAUGCAUGUCCCUGCUGAAGAAUGGCAGCAAAAAAUGGAGGCCAGUGUGAAAGAAGUGCAAAAAUUGGAAAAUCACUAUAUAACUAAAUACCAAAGCAAAGUUAAGCCUAAGUUCAUCUCAGAGAAUUGCAACAAGCCUGGUGAGGCAAUUUGCAAGUGUGCUAAAGCUCAAGAGGUUGACUUGAUUCUGAUGGGAACUCGAGGACUUGGUUCAUUACGUCGCACAGUACUUGGUAGUGUUAGUGAUUAUGUUCUUCAUCAUGCUGAACGUCCUGUAUCGGUAGUUCCCACACACUAGAUCACUUUUUUUUGUUAUUUCUUUCUUCUACUUUUGUAUCAGCUACUUAACUAUAAUGUUACAAGUUUCCAAGUAAAA